AUGAAGAUCCUAUCGGCGGUUGACCUCUACGGAAACGCUAACACCUUACCGAAGGACAAAACGCUGAAGUUAUGCUCUGGAGAGGAGACUAUGUGUCUUUAUCCGCUAUCGUGUUGCUUUUCAGUAGAAUGUACUGAAUAUCGACUGGCUGAACUAAAUAUCGAAGGCGACAUAUUCCACGAAAGAUGGUUGCAUUUCGGCCUUGCUCUCGUCAAAUCAAGGAAUGCUCGACCCAAUGCUUCCCAUUUGUUAACGCUUACUUCAUACCUAACACUGGCUGAAAGUGGUUUGAGUGACGCCGACGAAUCGAUCGCUUGGCUGUUACCAUUUACAUAUCCCGGCCCCGAAGACAUCGUGCAGUAUCUAACGGAUUGGGCCGAAGAGAUUUACGCCGAAAAGGAGGGUGAGGAUGAAGGUGGGGAAGCCGCCGCCAGCAAAGCGAAGUCUGGUAGGAAACCUGGACAAGUACCUAGCGGUGCAGCAAUCGCAGCAGCUUUGGGGCAGCUGCAGAGAACAUGA